GGGAAGAGAAAUUUUCCGCUGCGGACGAAGCUUUCGCUUUCCUGCGGAAAGAACGGAGCGGCCGCGGUUCCCGAGAGCCCGGGCCGGGAUGUGAGGGAGGUGGUGGCGCGGCCGUGACGCGGCGCGGGGCGGGGCGGGCGCGGGUCGGUCCGGCCAUGCCGAAGCGCUCCUGCCCCUUCGGGGACGCGGCCCCGCUCCAGCUGAAGACCCGCGUGGGGCUGCGGGAGCUGAGCCGCGGCGUGCGGGGCGAGGAGUACCGGCGGGAGGUUUUCGAGAGGACCCGGCGGCUGCUCUUCAGGGGUGCCCAGGCGUACAUGGAGGGCGCGGCGGCCGCUGCCCGCGCGGCGGAGCCGGGGCCGGCCGGGGAGGCACCGGGCGAGGGGCCCCGCUGGAGCGGGCAGCUCCUCAUCGGCCACGACGGGAAACUGCGGCGGCGGCCCGCGGACAGGGUUCCGCCGCUGGGAGCGUCCAGAGCCUGCUCGUCGUGUGUGAGAGCGGCCGAUGUGAAGGAGGCGUGUGCGCAGUGUGACCGGCUCGUCUGCCAGAGCUGCAGCAGGCUCUGCAGCUGCUGUAACACGGUGACCUGCUCCUUGUGCUCCGCUGUUGAUUGUGAUAUGCCUGUCUGGAAGGGACCACUCUGUGCUCUUACCUGGUGUUCCUGAUGUGAUACAGGAUUCAGAAUAUUCUCCUCGCUUGUUGGUCAUGUUAGGACACACUUUUGUGGGAUCAGAAUAGAAAUCAGUUGCUCCUUCUGUGCUUUCAGGUGAGUGUGAAUCCAUUCUGGACACACAACAUUUUCUUUGUGAGCUUACUAGGAAAAUCAGCCAGGCCUGAGGGCUUUUCCAAAUAAGAGAAUUUGCUGAUUCUGGUUAAGUUUUUUUUUUAAG